AUGACGGCAUCACAAACCACCAGCCGGCCGUGCAUGCGCUGCAAAAAGCCAGAUGCCGCAUUCGAGCUACGCAAUGUGGCAACCUGCCAGGAUUGCUUCAUCGACUAUGUCGACUCCAAGGCCGUCAAGAGAUUCACCGUUCUCCAACGAGAAACCAGAGCUUCCACCAAGCCCGAGCCCCGGAGAUAUGUCGCCGGCCUUUCCUUUGGACCCUCAUCAACCGUUCUCACCCAGAUCCUUGACAAGACCGCCCAGUAUCAUGCGUCAAGAAAGGGUUCAUCGCCCUUUGAGCCUCUAAUCGUCCAUAUCGACACAGAUCUCUCCGUCCGCACUGACUCUCAGGAUACCCCUGCACAGAGACUUCUCGCCAAGUACCGCGAGAGAUUCCCCCACGUCUCGUUUGAGUGCGUGCAUCUGAGCCAGGUUCUUGGUGUCGGGACGAUUGACUGGACCACGAUACCGGUCCCCGAGGGGGGGAACGACGUGGAGCGACUGCAGCUCUUCUUUUCCUCGUUGCCGUCGGUGACUUCACGCGCCGACAGUCUGAGGCUGUUUAUACGCCAUCUUCUGCUAGAUGUUGCCAUACAGAGGUCUUAUUCUGCGUUGCUCUUUGGCCACAGCACCACGGCGCUGGCCGCGCUGACCUUGUCCGAGGUCGCAAACGGCAGAGGCUUUGCCGUACCCUGGCAGAUCAACGACGGGCUGUUCACAGUCUGCACCUACCGGCCGAGCGCAGAUCCGGCUAGCAGUGCCGGGGACGCGAGCCAAGAAGAUGCCAAGAUCCAGUUUCCCAUCUACUACCCCCUGCGAGAGAUUCUCAAAGCCGAAGUCAUGACAUAUCUCGGCACGACGCCCGCCGUUCAACAGCUGAUGCCUUCUGCUGACGGAGGGUCGUCCAGCGUCGUGUCUCACAAGGACCAGAGCAUCGAGGAGGUCAUGGCUCGGUAUUUCGACGGCGUGGAGGGGCCUUACUCGGGCAUUGUGACCAAUGUCGUCCGCACGGCGGGGAAGCUGGACCGGCUGGUUACUUUGCGCCAUUGUCGCUUGUGCGGCAUCACCCUGGACCAAGAGGGCGAUUCGACGUGGGCUGGCGAGCUGGGGGACGACGCCGUGAAUCCUGAUACGGGCAAGUUGUGUUACGGAUGCAAGCGGUCCAUGGGUGGAUAG